AGUACAAGGCAAAGAGUACCUUCUAUCACUGCAUGAACUUCUGGCCAACCUGAGACACCAAGUCUGGAAUGAAAAAAGAAAACCAAGUAGAAGAUCAUGGCAAGUUCUGACUGGGGAUAUGAUGACCACAAUGGUCCUGAACAAUGGGGCAAGCUGUACCCCAUUGCAAACGGAAAUAACCAAUCUCCCAUUGACAUUAAAACCAGUGAAACCAAACGUGACACCUCUCUUAAACCUAUCAGUGUCUCCUACAAUCCAGCCACAGCCAAAGAAAUUAUCAACGUGGGACAUUCUUUCCAUGUAAGCUUUGAGGACAAUGAUAACCGAUCAGUGCUGAGAGGUGGUCCUCUUUCUGAAAGCUAUAGGCUCAGUCAGUUCCAUUUUCACUGGGGCCACACAAAUGACUAUGGUUCUGAACACACAGUGGAUGGAGUCAAAUAUUCUGGAGAGCUUCACAUAGUUCACUGGAAUUCUGUAAAAUACUCCAGCUUUGCUGAAGCUGCCUCACAGGCUGAUGGUUUGGCAAUUAUUGGUGUUUUGAUGAAGGUUGAUAAGGCCAACUCACGACUGCAGAAAGUACUUGAUGCCCUAAACGCAGUUAAAACCAAGGGCAAACGAGCCCCAUUCACAAAUUUUGACCCCUCUACUCUCCUUCCUUCAUCCCUGGAUUACUGGACCUACUUUGGCUCUCUGACUCAUCCUCCUCUUCAUGAGAGUGUAAUCUGGAUCAUCUGUAAGGAGAGCAUUGGUAUCAGCCCAGAACAGCUGGCACAGUUCCGAAGUCUUCUAUCAAAUGUUGAAGGUGACAAAGCUGUCCCCAUUCAGCACAACAACCGACCACCUCAGCCUCUGAAGGGCAGAAUAGUGAAAGCUUCAUUCUGACGGGAACAGGAAGGAACUUCUCCUUCCAGAAACACUGCCCUGCUUCUGACACAAACCAGUAAAACAAAUUUUGAAGAAAUAAAAUUAUUUCAAUACUAGCAAGACAGCAUAGCUGCAAAUUUAAUCUGUAGAACUGAAAAGUUUUAAUUUUUGUUCUUAAUGCUUAACUCAAAUAAUCAUCUAUAAGCUUGUUAAACUUGUGUGUAAAUUCAAGUUUAUUUCGUGGAAUUAUUUAUAAUUACAAUUAAGGUAUACUGGAUAAUUUCUUAGUGACUUGUAUCUCUUUCCACUUUAUUCAGUUUAGUUGAACCAAUAAAAUAAUUUUAUCCCUUU